CAAAAUGCUCUCCUCUCUCUCUAUCUGUUUCCUUAUCCGCUGGUGUCAGUUUUUGGUAACAGUUCUCUUCUUCCUCCAUAGAGUCUUUCUCUAAUGUCCCCCAUCAUUGUCAGUUUGCCGGUUUUCUCUUGGAAUCUACCUCCACAAUGUUGGUUGGGAUUAUCCUGAGUUGGUUUUGUCCCCAUUAUCCAUUUCUCCAUUUCUAUUCAAAAACCACUUCUUUCCGACUAUUUCUCAAAUUAACUGUUCAGCAGUUGCAAACCAUCUCCUUUAUAACCAGUGUCGGAAUCCUAUGUUAUCCUACUCUAAUUCAUCACCUUUUUCUCUUUGGUUAUUGUUUUAUCCUCCUUCCCAAAGAUUAACCAUCAAAAUGGCCGAUGUCAACAUGCAUGUGGCUGAUGCUUUUGAAAUUCCGCGAACCUCUUUAAUCAAGCAACGAGAGCCUCUCAAUCCAGUCUACUGGUGCGUCCGGCGAAUCCACGUUGACAGAACAUUCGUGCAAUGAUCCGCUUCUUCCCUCAUCUUUGGGGGAUGGGUAACUCGGGUCCCUGGAGUUUCAACGAAUGGAUAGUGGCAAUGAAACCAUGGCAAUCAAACUUACCAAACGAAAAUCCACUCUCGGUAAAUUUCUGGAUCCAAAUUCGGGGUAUCCCUCUACAAUUCUUCACCGCACCAUUGGUACGCUACAUUGCAGAGACUCUAGGGCCUGUUGUUGAUUCAGAGAUUGAUAAUCUUGCUGGUGGCAAUAUAGAGUUUGUCCGGGUUUGCAUCCAAUGGCCUCUUGAUCAACCAGUAAUUUUUCACCGCCGAUUCCAUUUUGGAAAUGAAUGGGCUAUGGUCUCUUUUCGUUUUGAAAGAUUGAAAAACUACUGCUUCCGAUGCCAAUCCUUGCGACAUGACAUCUCCGAAUGUACUGCACAACUCCAAGAGGAAGCCGUUGUUCAUAAUCCACCACCACCACCAUAUGCCAUUAUUAAUGCUCCUAUAAUGGCGAUCCCAAACCAACACAUCCCUUACCCAUGAUUGCUCAAUCUGCAAACAUCCAACUUGGACAUCAAGAGCAUCUGGCCCUCCCACCACUACAGCAAUCACAAGUGGCACUAACAGAGCUUGUUCCUAUUAAUGGCCAGAUGAUAUCUAUAGGUGAUCUACCCAGACUCUAUCACAAUUACACUACAGUAGAUGAUCCUUCGGAAGCAGAAGCACGUCAACGAGGCCUGAUCUUAGCACUGAAACAUACAGGUAACCGAAUCUUAGAAGCGGUUAUGCGUCCUCUUCCCCAUCUACUGACUCAACAGAGGAAACAACGUAGAGUUUCUUCACCAGUGGAUGCUAGUUCAUCGUCUAACACACACAAUAGAGGCAUGGCGGGCCCGGUUCCGCCAGACGAUCAAUGAAGAUAGCCAAUUGGAACUGUCAAGGAAUGGGGAAGUUUCCUACGGUUCUACGCCUUAAGUAGAUAAGUCGUCAAUAUCUCUUGGAUGCAAUCUUCCUCAUUGAGACGAAGCAAUCAAAGGUUUAUAUUAUUAAUGUUGCAGUUUCUUUAGGUUUCCCUAAUUUAUGUAUUGUACCGCCUCAAGGCCUCAGUGGUGGCUUGGCUUUGCUUGGGAAAUCCUCUAUCAAUAUUACUAUAUUGUACCAAAAUGCAAGACUUGUAGAUUUCUCUAUUAAUGACAAAAUCACUACUUUCUA